AUGCUUUCUGCUGCCAAAGGAAUCUUUCGUCGGCGGCCCGCAGUUGACCCCGCCAAUGCCGCAGCCUCAUACGAGGUGCCUUUGUACACGAAUGCGGCAUACUAUCCCAACUGGAGGAUCUAUCGCAAGCAGCCACCUUCGUCCCUGCGUCUGGGUUUCGUAUCUCACGUGUUUUACGCAUUUGCUUGGGUCAAAGAAGAUGGCACUGUCUAUUUAAGUGAUGAAUGGGCUGAUACCCAGAUGCCGGUUGAUGGCGCCGAGGGCUGCAUACAAGCAUUCGUCCAACUCAAGCAGCAAUAUUCGAAAAUGAGGGUCAUUCUUUCUGUCGGUGGUGGUGGUAAAGGAAGUGAGAAUUUUGCUGUUGUAGCCCGCAGUCGUUCGGGGUUGGAAACGUUCGCUCGAACAGCGCGUGCGUUGGUUGACCAAUAUGGACUGGAUGGCAUUGAUGUCGACUGGGAGCACCCUGCAGACCCGCAGCAGGGCAAGGACUACGUCCGUCUUCUCGCCAAAUUGCGAGAAGUCCUGCCUGCUCCUCGAUAUGUUUUAGCAACCUGCCUCCCGGCGGGCCCGUGGGGCCCUGAGACCGGCCACCAAGCCCAACUUUACGGUACACCGACCUCCGGGUACUCGGCCGUGGACUAUGUGUUGACGCAGGGAGUGCCCUCGCGAAAGGUCAUCCUCGGUGUUCCGGUAUAUGGCCGCUCAUUUCUUGGAAGUACUGGGCCUGGGCAGCGGUAUACUGGAACCGGAGGCGAAGACGGUGUGUUUGAUUACAGCGAUCUACCGCGCCCAGGAGCCCAAGAAAUGCACGAUGAACAAGCUGGUGCUGCGGCUUGUGUAGGUGCAGAUGGCGGGUUUGUUACUUACGAUAUUCCUGCUACGGUCAAGCAGAAAGCAGAAUUCGUGAUCUCGUCUAAACUUGGGGGAAUAUUUUAUUGGCACAUCUGUUCCGAUGCUAGAGGCUCUCGCAGCUUGAUCGAGACUGGAUACAACACACUGCAUGAGAUGUGA